GACAAUGUCUAGUUCAGUGGCGCUCGGAGCGCGCCAGGGCAGGACGCGUCUUGCGCCACAGCCGCCUCGGCUUCAUCAGCCCGUGCGGCACACGUGGGCGAUAGGAACAAUCUCAGGCGGAGAGGGUUUUAACAGCACGCCGAGGCAGAGAGUUCAGAACUCUUUUCGAACCCACGACGUGAGUGGACGCCGAGCCCGACCGCCAUGCCGCCCGGACGGGCGCGCAGCCACCAUGACGCACAGCGGACCGACGCCGCCAAGCCGCGGAGCCACUCGCUCAGCGCCAAGCAGGCCCCGGAGCCCACCGGGCCCAAGGGGCUGCGGUGCUGCCGGCCGCAGAUCUUGGCCUGCCUUGCCGCCGGCAUGUUCAACGUCCCCGAGGGCCUGACCAUGGCGUACUCGUCCUCGCUGAUCCCCGAGCUGCAGGAGGAGGGCAGCGAGAUCCCCAUCACGCUGGAACAGGGCGUGCUGCUCGGCAGCUGCAUGGUGGCCUGCAUGGCCAUGGGCACGCUCAUCUCUGGCGUCGUCAUGAACCGCUUCGGGCGCCUCAACACGGUGCGCUUCUCCUUCCUGCCCUUUGCCGCCGGCUGGUUCGUCGUGGCCAGCGCCUCCACGUACGAGCAGAUCCUGGUCGGCAGGCUGCUCACCGGGCUGGCUAACUCCCUUGGAAUCAACGGCGCCAUCAUGUUCGUGACGGAGGUGGCGCCCUCACACCUCCGCGGAGCCCUGAACGCCACGCAGCCGACCAUGGCGUCAAUAGGCAUCGUGCUGGGCUACGUUUUGGGCGCGGUGACUCGGUGGCGACUCUCGGCCUGGAUCAGCGGCGCGUCCCCCUUCUUCGUCGUGGUCCUCAUGCAGCUCGUCUGCUACGAGAGCCCCAUCUGGCUGGUGUCCAAGGGCCGCGUCGAGGAGGCCCGGCGCUCGCUGCGGGCCUACGCGCGCUGCUACGACACGGAGGACGCCAGGGAGAAGCUUCCCGAGCGGCAAUUGGAAUGGCUGAUCCAGCGACGGGACUGCAGUGAGGCGCAGGUCGCCACCAAGGUGCCGUGGUACCGCGCCGUCCUCGACCUCUUCACCCAGCCCGAGGGCUACCGGCCCUUGCUCAUCCUCUUCGUGGUCUUCGCGGCGCAGAACCUGAGCGGCAUCUACAUCACCCUGUUCUACGCCGCGCCCUUCUUCAAGGAGAUGGGCGUCGAGGUGGACGCUUUCCAGGCGGCGGUGCUCAUCGGGCUGAUGCGGCUCGUCAUGGGCCUGGUGGCGGUGUGGCUGCUGGGUAACGUGAGCGUGCGCAAGCUCAUGACCACCUCGUCCCUCGGCAUGGGGGUCUGCAUGCUGCUGUCGGGCUACUUCACGCUCCGCCCCGAACACGGCCUGCACGGCUGGGUGCCGGUGGUGUUGGUGCUGGUGUACGUGGCCAUGUCGUGCUGCGGCCUCAUGACGGUGCCCUGGACCAUGCCGGCCGAGCUGUACCCCGACCACCUGCGCGACGCGGGCCAGUCCUUCACCGUGUUCUCCGCCGACCUGCUCAUGUUCUCGGUGCUGCAGCUCUACCCAACGCUCCUCAACGGCCUCCAGUUUGGAGAGGUGACCGGCACGGUGGGGAUCCAGUGGUUCUUCGCGGCGGUCUCGCUGGCCAACGUGGUGUUCGUGGUCGUCUUCCUGCCGGAGACGCACGGCAGGUCCCUGCAGGAGCUGCAGGAGCACUACCAGCUCAACACCAUGUGGCUGUGGCGCACCAAGACGAGGCCCGCCGACACCGAGUCCGGCAACAACGUCUCCACCACCAGCACGGUGACCGCCUGCGACUCGGACCUUACAAAAACGUAAAAGCGACGGCGGAGGUCUCUCUACACACUCAGCCUUUUACUGACUGUUUCUCAUUAGCAGACGCAUUUCCGUAAGCAACCAAAAUACUUAGUUUUUUAGCCAGUAUUACCCAGCAAUUGCUAAUUACUGUACUGAUAUUACCGUUUUCUUUAUAAAUUACAAAGGAAUUUUUAAGUAUUUAAGAACUAAAUACAAAGUAUUAUGGUUGCUCACAGAAAUACGUCUGCUAAUGAGAAAUAGUCAGUAAACGGCUGAGUAUAACAAACACUGAGAAAAGUAGCGAUGAAAAUUGGACAACCUUGGCUCGACCCAUAUUUACCAAGACAUAGAUAUUUACCAAUACAUAGAUGACUUGUGAUCCACAUUGUACCUUCACAGAGCAGUACAAUCCCGAAUGAACCAGACUGAUUUGUUAUCCCCCAGUGAUUUGUUUUGUUGCCCUGUGCUCUUUAGAGCCCAAGAAGCAUUUGCUUCAUAACUACAAAGAAUAUGAAGGCACGGUAGAAUUGCUUCGUGUUACGAAGGAUUUUGCUUCAUAAUACGAAGCAUUUCUUCGUAGAUUUUACAAUGCCUUCAUUUUCGUCGUAUUACGAAGCGAUUCUUCGUAGAGUGUUUACUGAGUGAUUAAAAUAUAAGCACUCACUCUUUAAAGCCUAUGAAGCAUUUGCCUCGUAGCCACGAAGAAAAUGAAGGCAUUUCUUCGUAGAUUUUACAAUGCCUUCUUCGUAUUACAAAGGGAUUCUUCGCAGAGUUUCCACUGUGCUCUGAUACAUUCGUCAGUUUCUGACACGGAAGGGAGGUUUCGGUGCAAAAGUAAACAUAGAAUCCUGACACAAGAAGAACACUUUAAGAGACUUUUAUUGAUAGUAAUAUUAAAUCCAGCAAGUCGGAAUAGCAUAUUAGUCAAGGAGUAAAGCAAGUGUAAACCAGUCGAAUACUAAUUAAACAAUCUGGAUUGUGA